AUGAGCGACCUCGACAAGGCCAUUGCGCAGCUGCGCGCAUGUCGACCAAUUCCGGAAGCGCAAGUCCGCGAGCUCUGUCAUAAAGCUCGGGAACUUUUAAUAGAAGAGGGCAACGUCGUCACUGUAACGGCACCAGUAACGAUAUGUGGUGAUAUUCAUGGCCAGUUCCACGAUUUGAUGGAGCUCUUUCGAGUUGGAGGCGAUGUUCCAGAUACAAAUUACCUGUUUAUGGGCGACUUCGUCGAUCGCGGCUUCUAUUCACUAGAAUCUUUCCUCCUUUUACUCUGCCUAAAAGUUCGAUACCCCGAUAGAAUGACACUAAUCCGCGGCAACCACGAAUCUCGUCAAAUCACCACAGUCUACGGUUUUUACGAUGAGUGUAUAAGAAAGUACGGCAGCGCUAAUGUUUGGCGUUACUGUUGUGACAUCUUUGAUUACCUGGCGCUUGGUGCGAUCGUAUUGGGCGCCUCCAACACCAUGUCGCCUGGGGUAGAACCUGUCGAUGACGAAACCGAGAUCGAGGUAUGCGACCAGAACGGCUCUAUAAUGAGCCGCUUUCCCAGACGUCGGCCAGACGAUAGCUCGCAAGACCAGAUCCAAAGCCCAGGCGGAACAGCAAUGGAUAAGACAGGCCCCCCAGGAUCCGGCGCUUCAGGGUCAAGCGGUGGCUCAGUGGGAAAUCCAGCCGGAGCAGUGCUUUGUGUUCAUGGUGGUUUGAGUCCAUUGGUCGAUACAGUUGACAAGAUUCGCUUGAUUGACCGCAAACAAGAAGUCCCUCAUGAAGGAGCCAUGUGCGAUCUACUCUGGUCCGACCCCGAUGAGAUCGACGGCUGGGGUCUUUCCCCACGAGGUGCAGGCUUCCUCUUUGGAGCUGAUAUCGUCAAGGUGUUCAACCAUCGGAACGACCUGAGUCUCAUUGCCCGCGCGCAUCAGCUUGUCAUGGAGGGAUUCAAGGAAAUGUUCGACGCUUCUAUCGUCACUGUGUGGUCUGCUCCGAACUAUUGCUACCGCUGUGGAAAUGUUGCUGCGGUCCUGGAACUCUCCGAAGACGAAUCUGGCACAGGUCUCUUCGCCCGUAGCAAUGGUGAUGUUGGCAGAAGCGAUGGUGGUACUGGAGUCAUGAUGGAGGGCGGUAUGCCUCCUCGGAGCGGUCCUGCCCGGCGAUACAGGGUUUUCCAAGCUGCACCCCAAGAUUCGCGAGGAAUGCCUGCCAAGAAGCCAGUUGCGGAUUACUUCUUGUGA